AUGAAGUUCAUUUGUUUGACGCUGCUGAUUAUUAAUGGAAUUACAGAUUUAAGAUCAGAGCAGUAUGAAGUAGUGGGUCCUGCAGAUCCAGUAUUUGCUGUGGUUGGUGAAGAUGUGAUUCUGCCCUGUUCAGUCAAACCCAACAUCAGUGUUGUGGACAUGAGAGUGGAGUGGUUUAGAUCUGAUCUGAAAGACUCAGUAGUGCAUCUCUAUGAGGAUAAUGAAGACAGAAACACAAAUCAGAGUCAGUCCUACAGAGGGAGAACAAAACUGAUUCAUCAAGAACUACAGAGAGGAAACGCAUCACUCAAACUCGCAUCAGUCCAAGUCUCUGAUGAAGGAAUUUAUAAGUGUUUAAUUCAGUCCAAAUCCUGGUCUGUUGAUGCCACUGUUAUGGUCAGAGUUGAGGCUGUUGCAGGAAGUCCUCCAGUGAUCACUGUAGAUGGAUUUGAUGAUUCAGGAGGGCUUCGUCUACAGUGUGAAUCUGAAGGUUGGUAUCCUGAGCCUGUUCUUGAGUGGCUGAACAGUGAAGGAGUCAGUUUGAGUUCAGAAACUACAGACACACACAGAAACACAGACGGAUUCAGUGUGAAACACACUAUCACUAUACAUCACAGUGACAAGAUUCACUGCAGAGUCAAACUGAGACAUCACAUGCUGGAUACACAGAUUAUCACCUCAAGUAAUAUGUUUAAUUUUUGGAGGACAUCCGUCAUCCUGAUUUCAGUAGCUGUUGUGCUCAGUGUGAAUGCUGGAAUACUGAUAACUGUGUUUGUUAAAAAAAACAGAGAAUGUGAUCAACGUUUACAAAAUCAGAAGAUGAUUAUAUUACAAGAGAUCACACAUUUAAGAACACACACAGCAGGGGAUGUGAUUCUGGAUGCUGAUACGGCUCAUCCACGUCUCAUCGUGUCCCGUGAUGGGAAACAAGUGAGAGAUGGAAAGACACGACUGGAAGGAGUGGAUGGAAAAAAAGACAGAUUUAAUGAUUAUCUUGGUGUUCUUGGGAAGGAUGGAUUCUCCUCAGGGUGUUUUUACUAUGAGGUUCAGGUGAAGGGGCAAACUGAGUGGGAUUUAGGAGUGGCCAGAGAAUCUGUUAACAGGAUGGGCUUGACCGUUGUGAGUCCUAUGAUUGGAUACUGGACUGUAAGUCUGAGAGAUGGGGAGUGUUGGGCUCGUAAGUCUCCACAUGUCUCUCUUCCUCUGAGUGUGAAUCCUCAGAGGGUCGGUGUGUUUGUGGAUUAUGAUAAGGGUCUUGUCUCUUUUUAUGAUGUGGAGGCUAUGUCUCUUAUGUAUUCUUACACUAAUCAGUCUUUUAAUGAGAAACUCUAUCCAUUUGUUAGUUUGGGGUAUCUGAGCAAUGAAAACUCUACACCACUGAUGAUCUGUGAUGAUUACUACUGA